AUGACAACCAAACAACAUCGCCGCGGCGGGAAGUCGCUCCUUGACUUGCCUGGAGAGCUACGCAACGCGAUCUACGAGCACUUCAUCGAUCUCAACACAUGCGCGUGUGACACCAACGCCAUCAACCUACUAUGGGUCAACCGGCAAAUCCGCGCUGAGUUCAGAUCAUUGUACUUCAGUCAGGGCAAUGCCAAAGUUUACCUCGACGGCAUCGCAAGCUUCCUACGCGCCUUCAUCCAGAUCCCUUCUACAACCUUGAUGCUUGACGACGUUGCUUGCAAAAUUCGCGUGGAGCUCCGUGGCAGGCAAAUAGAUUACAAAAAUUGGCAAAUCGAUCUGGUGGACGUCAUCUUGGUCAUGCGACAGUAUCCUCUGCUCAGCAUCAAAUGGAACUUGAUCCCGCCUGGCCACUCCGAGACACACAGUGACUUAGGGUUAGCUGAAUAUGUGUCCAUUCUGAAGGAUAUGGACGAUCACGAGUUUGCGAAGUUGUCUUCCAUCUGGCUUCUUAUUCAUGAUGGGCCAUUGGGCGGAGACAUUUACACCUUUCUGGAACGUGGUUGUACGGAACAAGAUACCGAUGAUAUCCAGCUCAAGAUUGGGGGAAUUAACCGUGCCCCGAGGCGCACACGAUAUCUCGGAGAGUAG